UGUGAGCGAUAACACCGAUAGAAUUUUAGCCUGAACCAUUUGAAAUAAAAGCAAAAGCAGAGCUGUGUGAAUUCUUGAUUUCAGUUUCAAAACGAAUGUGGUUCAGUGAACAUGUGGACUUAAUUUUUCUAAAUUGUCGGAAUAUUGUUGAGUACAGAUAUAUCAGAUAUCAGAUAUCAGAAGUUUUCCUAUUACAAAUAGUAGCUUGACUCUGGAAUAGUGACCCGUUUUAAUUUGCCAAUAAAGGAAUUGUGUUUAAAGAAACGAAGAUGAGCAAAUUAAUUGUGAUCAUAUUACUUGUUACUGUUUCCUUUGCAUUAUCAAUGUCAGUAGAUAUGAACAUGCUCCGAACACAGGAAUCAGCAAACGUUACGAAAGAUGAACUAACCCAACCACCAGAAUCUAAAAAAAAUGAGCUUCUAGACGCUGUCGAACAGGGUAAUUUGGAAAUUGUUAAAACUCUCAUCGACCACGGUGUCGACGUGAAUACUAAAACCAAGGAUGGAGAGACAGCACUUUAUUUGGCUGCAAGUUGGGGAUAUGUGGAAAUCCUUGAAUUUCUCGUCAAACACGGUGCCGACGUCAAUGCUAAAACCAAGAAUGGAGUGACAGCACUGCACAGAGCUGUAUGGCGGGAUGAUUGUCUAAGCUCUUAUUUCUAUCAUGCAGAAAGUGAAAAAUUUCUGAUCGAACAUGGCGCUGACGUUAACGCUAAAACCAAGGAUGGAGAGGCAGCACUUCAUUGGGCUGCAAAACAUGGAAAUGCGGAAUUCGUUAAAUUAUUCAUCGAACAAGACGCCGACAUCAAUGCUCAAACCGAGGAUGGAGAGAUAGCCCUUUAUUUAGCUGCAAAGAAGGGAGAUGAUAAAAUUGAAAAAUUUCUCAUCGAACGCGGUGCCGACGUCAAAGUUAAGGCCAAGGGUGGAGAGACAACACUUCAUUGGGCUGCAAAGUGGGAUCGCGAACAAUCUUUUCACUUUGUUCCUUUUUCAGGAGAAGCGGAACUUGUUAAAUUUCUCAUCAAACACGGCGCCGACGUUAAUGCUCAAACCGAGGAUGGAUAUACAGCACUUCAUAGGGCUGCAUUGUGGGGUCAUUUGGAACAUGUGAAAAUUCUUGUCGAACACGGCGCCAAUGUCAAUACUCAAACCAAGGAUGGAGAGACAGUAUUUCUUGAGGCUGCACGAAGGGGAUAUACGGAAAUUGUGAAAAUUCUCAUCGAACACGGCGUCGACGUUAAUGCUAAAUUCAAGGAUGGACUGACAGCACUUUAUUGGGCCGCCCUGGAGGGACGUGCGGAAACUGCUAAAUUUCUCAUCGAAUACGGCGCCGACAUCAAUGUCAAAAACAAGGAUGAAGAGACACUACUUUAUUGGGCUGCACGGUGGGGACAAAAUGUCGAAUGCCUCAUCAAACGCGGCGCCGACGUCAAUGCCAAAAACAAGGAUGGAGAGACACCACUCUUUAUGGCUGCAAAAUAUGGUCAUGUGGAAGCCAUUAAAUUUCUCAUCAAACACAGCGCCGACGUCAAUGCUGAAACCAAGGAUGGAAAGACAGCACUUCAUGAGACUGCAUGGCAGGAUCGUGCGGAAGUUUCUCAAAUACUUAUUAAUAAUGGAGCCAAUAUCUACGCUAAGGACGUUCGCGGAAAGACUCCACUGCAAGUUGCAAAAGAAACACAUCAUAAGGAUGUUGUUAAAGAUGCCGCUAUUAAAAUUGGGAAUAAAGCUAUGAAUCACUAGACGUCCCAUUCCUGCUUCGAGUGUUUCCCAAUUUGAGUUAAAAUUUUCUCAAUUACGAGCACAUUUCCCCGAUUUUUUUGUCUUAAUUUCUCCCAACUGUCAUUAAUAAAUAAAUAUUGCAUCAAAUUUGCAACGAAAAACUCCUGAAAUCAAACUAAUACGCACAA